CUCGAGACGCUCGUCGACCUCGACAGCCUCAACCUGUCGAAGAACUUCCUCAAGCGCGUCGAGGGCCUCGAGGCCUGCACGAAGCUCCAGACGCUGAACGUCGGCUUCAACAACAUCGGCCCCGAGGCCUUCGAGAUCGAGCACGUGCUCCUGCUCCCGGCGCUGUCGACGCUCGACGUCCAGGCCAACGGCCUCGCCGACGGCGAGGGCGUCCUGGCCAUCUUCAAGCAGAUGCCGGACCUGCGCGUCCUCUACUGCCAGGGCAACCCCUUCGUCAAGGAGCUCCGCAACUACCGGAAGCGCAUGAUCUCCGAGAUCAAGACGCUCCGCUACCUCGACGACCGCCCCGUCUUCGAGGACGAGCGCCGCCGCUGCGAGGCCUGGGCCCGGGGCUUCGCCGAGGGGGGCACCCUCGACGCCGCCAACGAGGCCGAGCGCGCGGAGAUCGCGCAGAUCCGCGCGGACAAGAAGGCCGCCGAGGACAAGCGCGUCCGCGACUUCGAGAACUUCAUCGCCGACGCGCGCGCGGCCAAGGCCGCCGACGACGCCGCCAAGGGCCUCUCCUUCUCCGGCGACCGCAUCGUCGACCCGAACCGACCAGCGGGCGACGAGAACGCGGACCCGAACGGCGGCGGCGCGACGGCCCGCUUCGACGAGGCGACCUAC